ACUCUAAAGUUUAACCCGAUUAAAGACUGAUGGCUUUUAGCAGGAUCUUCAACCCCAGCAAUGAAGCCAUGACCGUACACGAAAGUCACUUUGGCAUAGUAUCACUUUGGCAAGAUAUAUAUAAAAUCUGUCUGAUUCUGAAUCCAAUAAAAUCAGAAACAAAAUCUUACCUUGGAGGUUUUGCAGUGCAGUUCUCUAAGGCAAUGGAACACCCAAAAGCAUGACCCUUUGAUCGAAGGUUUCCACCAAGGUAUGGUUUUUUGAGUCAAUUUUCUCUAGAUGGUCUACCGGUUGAGCAAAAUAUUUCUUUGCUUCGUAUCAAAAGGUCUCUUUUUGUUGGAAAUAACUACUUUCAAAGCUUAUCUCCUCAUUACGAGAAAAAGUAAAAAAUUUUCAUAUUUGCUUAAGCAAUUUACUAUCUGGCAGCUAUUUUUACCAGCCCGAGCUAAGUUUUGUUCAUUCGAACACAAAAUUGUAACAAUGCGCUAUCACUGCGGCGCUAUUGUGUGUUACAAGAUCAAUCUGAUCUAAAUAAAUAUGACAUAGAUCUUCUGUGGACCUUAUCUUCAGAAGCAAGAUUACAUUCCAGGAAUGGGCGCUUUUUUUCAAGAGGUAAUUUAUUCGGGGAACUGUAUGCGGAAAUUUACCGUAUCGUGGUUCACGGAUGGCCCAAACCGGGCCCAACUGCUGUACGUAAAUCAAUAAUUACUCACAUUAUUGUAAGUCUGUUAGAAAGUACAUAAAACAGGGUGUCUAGGUGAAAGUCUUUGAAACAUUUAAGAUUCAUCAGCCAUAACAUUAAGUGUAGAACAGAAACGACUACAAAAAUGAGGGAAGUUGUUCGGAAAAGGUGAAAUCUACGCGGAAGAUCAGUUUGGAUUAGCCAUUGGACAUCAAUUUUGCAAACUGUAAAUGUUACUGCACCUUGAGACAAGUGCAUUUCAUAUUCGAUUAUCAGUAUUUCCGAAUAAGGCCUAAACGGCCAGAUACUUCAACCGACUUAGUAUUCUCUCAUUAGUAUGCAAAACAGGUGUUUAGCGGUUAAUUCAUAUAAGCUUUAACCGCGAGUUAUACGCAUGGGCGGACACAAAAAAUUUCUUAUAAGCAAUAUCCUGAACUUCAAGUUAUGAAAGAACAUGUAUUAUAGGUAGACGACAAUUGGCAUGGUACAACUUAAAUAAAGGCGUGCAUCGUUUUGACGUGCAAGUUAGAAGAAUUGGAAGGAAAUAUGAACAUAAUCUGGGUGCUUUAUAUUCUCAGCUAUGUAAGGGCCGGAUAUAGCGAGCACAAACGCAGUAAACAGGUCUCAGGCCAAAAGGUCUUGCUUAUAAGCUUGGACGGAUUCCGAUGGGAUUUUAUGUCAAAAAAUAAGAAUAAGAUACCCAAUAUGAUUCAAAUGGAACAACAAGGUGUCACAGCUAAAUACCUUCUAAACGUUUUCCCAACAAAUACGUUCUCAAACCAUUACAGCGUUGUGACUGGACUUUAUCCGGAAAAUCAUGGAAUCAUUGACAACCAAAUGUAUGAUAUAAAGACAAAUGAAAAAUUUAGCAUGAAAUCCACGAAUUCUAAGUGGUGGAACAAAGCUGAGCCAAUAUGGAUAACAAACCAGUUGAAUGGACACGAAAGUGGGCUUUGCUACUGGCCUGGGUUCAACGUAAAAAUAAAAGGAGCAUUGCCAACAUAUGCGCCAAAAAUGGACAAAUAUGCUAAUCCAUUAACAGACUUUCAAUCGAAACAUAUGCCCCCAACAGAAAGGAUUGACCUGGUAUUAAACUGGCUUAGCAAGCCAGCUGUCACAUUUGCAGCCAUAUAUUUUGAGGAUCUCGAUUCACAGCUUCACGACUCGGGAACAGAAAUCAGUGAUAACAAAUUCGCAGAUAUAGAUAAUACCUUUGCAUAUCUGAAAAAGAAGCUAAAGAGUCUAUCUCUAGAAAAAAAAGUCAACGUGAUUGUUGUUGGGGAUCAUGGAGGAAAAGAUGUAAAUCAUAACAAAAUCAUCCGAUUAAAAGAUUAUUUUGAUAUUAAGCAGUAUAUUAAAACGGCAUUAGGAAAAACAUUUGUAUCAAUUUAUCCGAAGCCUGGUCAGUUGCAGACUGUUUACAAUCAGCUUGUGCACGCCCACCCGAACAUGACGGUAUACCGUAAAUGGGAAUUGCCUACUUACAUGCAUAUCAAAAACAGCGAGCUCACUGCCCCUUUGCUCCUUCUUGCUGAUCCUGGUUGGAUUAUAGACACAGGCUUUGAGACGGGAGUUUAUUUUGAAGGAAAUGAGUUUUACAAAGGAGAACAUGGCUAUGAUGUUUUUCAUAGGGAUAUGAAUCCGGGUUUUUUCGCGUUUGGUCCUUGCUUUAGAAAAAGGAAAGCUAUUGAAAAGAUGGAGACAAUCGAUCUGUAUCCUAUCAUGUGUAAAAUAAUUAGGAUUACUCCACACAAAAAUGACGCAUCAGUCGAACCUAUGAAGAAAUUACUGACAAAACACUGUCUCUAA